GACACAGAGACUGGCACGCAGGUGGUAUAGACACAGAGACUGGCACACAGGUGGUAUAGACACAGAGACUGGCACGCAGGUGGUAUAGACACAGAGACUGGCACGCAGGUGGUAUAGACACAGAGACUGGCACGCAGGUGGUAUAGACACAGAGACUGGCACACAAGUGGUAGAGACACAAAGAUUGGCACACAGGUGGCAGAGACACAGAGACUGGCACACAGGUGGUAGAGACACAGAGACGGGCACGCAGGUGGUAUAGACACAGAGACUAGCACACAAGUGGUAGAGACACAAAGAUUGGCACACAGGUGGCAGAGACACAGAGACCGGCACACAGGUGGUAGAGACAAAAACUGGCACACAGGUGGUAGAGACACAGAGACUGGCACACAGGUGGUAGAGACACAGAGACUGGCACACAGGUGGGAUAGACAAUGUUCAGACAGGGAGUAAAGUUACAAAGACUGGCACCCAAGAAUUAUAGACAUAGCAUUAGACGCUUAGACAGGUGGUAAAAAGACAGAGACUGACACAUAGGGGAUAUAAGUGAAUAGCAUACAAGUGGUAGAGACAGUGGCUGGCACAUAGAUUGCGUAGGUACAGUAAUGCCUGGACAGGUGUUAUAGAGAAAGAGACUGGCACACAAGUAGUAUAGACUCAAUGACUGGCACACGGGUAGUAAAGACUCAGUGACUGGCACAUGGGUAUUACAGAAUCAUUGACUGGCACACGGGUAGUAAAGACUCAGCGACUGGCACACGGGUAGUAUAGACUCAGCGACUGGCACACGGGUAGUAUAGACUCAGCGACUGGCACACGGGUAGUAUAGACUCAGCGACUGGCACACGGGUAGUAUAGACUCAGCGACUGGCACACAGGUAGUAUAGACUCAGCGACUGGCACACGGGAGGCAGUCAGGUCUUAAUCUGAAGAACAGACGUCCACCUGACACAAUGGAUUUUCGGGUCGUCUUGGCGCUCGCUCUUGUGGUGACCUGUGGAGUGGAAGGUUGCUCCGUCCCCCCGUCUCCCUCCCUCUCUCUGUCCCUAUUGAGUGGGCGCAGGACACUUAACUCCCUGCAGUGCCUCCUCUGCCUGGACAGGAAAGCCUUUUCUCGGCACAAUUACACCUUCACCCUCACCAAGAAUGGAAAAGCGGUGAAAUUCAGCCAGGUGAUGGGCCGGAAAAUAUGGUAUCCGCUGGACAACAAGAAGAACAACACCGGCCUGUGGGGAUGUAAUGUGCAGGAGUUUCCUGACCUCAGGGCAGAGUAUUAUGUGGGGGCCCCCACACCUGACCCCCCAGGACUAAAGAAGGCAGACUCAGAAGAGGCCUCUGCUCCCAUCGCCUCCGCCAUGUCGACAAGAAUCCUGCUGACCAUCAUGACUGCAGCGCUUCUACUGAUAAUGCUCACUAUCGUGAUCUGCUUGACCUCGGGCAUCCUAAUAAUGAAACGCAGAAGAACAUCCGCGCCCCAUCAACAUCGCCAAGACAGAAAGAGAUCUGACAACUUCCCGCUCACUGAAAAUAUCAGCUCUGACCCCGGCCACCCUAAACUGGAGCCUGACACUGAAGUAUCUUACGUGGAGCUGGAGAUCAUACGGGAUCCUUUCCGAAAACCUUCCAAGAGUCAUAAUACAAUAUAUGCCAACAUCAUGUGACCAGAAGAGGCGACUAAGCAGAUCGAGUAUGUGUAGGAUUUCAGGAUUGCGAAGAUAAAGAACCCCACAGUCUUCCUCUCUCCAGCCUGAGACGGCUGAUAACAGGGAGCAAUAGACUGCAGAUUUAUUAAACUUUUAGACUAUAAAGCUGCACAUACAUAUAUACAGUAUAUCUCCAUAUCCACCAUUUUUUAGGCCCAUCCACCAUUCUUAGUCUAUGGGACCCGACCGGCCAUCAGCUGAGCAGAACUGACCAGUUGGAUUUUCCCAGUCCCUUACCAUUAAGAUAAGCGGCGCUUUAUGUGCAUGGAGACGCUUAUCUCUGGGGGGGGGGGGGGUAAAACAUGGCUUUCUUUCAUCAUCCCAGGGUGUAUCUUUUACUGUAUGACUUAAGACUAAUGCGUUUCAGGUUUUCUUGAGGAUAAAUUAUUCACAAUGUGUGAAAUGUAAGUGAAUAAUAAACUACAGAAGGCUUGGC